CUCUAGGACGCUGCUUCUUCUCCAGUGACCUCCAUGGACUUGCUGUCACCUCCUCUCCGGGACAUGGAGAUCCAGGUGGACGGCUCCCUCUGCUCCUUCUCAGCAACUGAGGACUUCUAUGAUGACCCCUGCUUCAGCACCGCAGACAUGAGGUUCUUUGAGGACCUGGACCCCCGGCUGGUUCCUGAGGACCACCUGCACCAUGCAGAAGAUGAGCACAUCCGGGCCCCCAGCAGCCACCACCAGGCCGGCAGAUGUCUGCUGUGGGCUUGUAAGGCUUGUAAGAGGAAGACCACCACUUCGGACCGCAGAAAGGCGGCCACCAUGAGGGAGCGGAGGCGACUCGGCAAAGUCAAUGAGGCCUUCGAGACCCUGAAAAAGUACACAUCCAGUAAUCCGAACCAGAGGCUGCCCAAGGUGGAGAUCCUGCGCAACGCCAUCCACUACAUCGAAAGUCUGCAGAGCCUACUCCGGGGGCAAGAGGACCCUUACCACAGAGAGCCCGACAGUGGGGACUCGGAGGCCUCCAGCCCGCGGUCAAACUGCUCGGACGGCACAGUGGAAUACAAUCGAGCUCCCAGUAACACCCAGAGGAGGAACAACUUCCAUAAAGAUUACUACUCCCAAGUAUCAAAUGAUACACGGAAGAUCUCUGUCGUCUCCAGUUUGGACUGCCUUUCCAGCAUAGUGGAGAGAAUCUCUACAGAAAGUCCACACUGCCCUAUAGUGCCUGCACUGGAGAGUGGUUCUGAAGACAGUCCAUGCUCUGCCCUCCAGGGGGAGCCACUGAGUGAGCCAUGCAUCAGCAUUCCCUCCCCUGCUACGGACAGCUCCCUUUAUCACGCCUUGUAGAAGCAGACCGCCAUGUUUACGUCUAACGCUCCUGGACACAAUCACAUUUGGGCUUCCUAUUUAUUUCCAGUCCGGGGCCACUGACCGGACCAUUCUAGUCUGAAGCAUUCACAGGAAGCGCUGGAGCUUCCAGAGAAUGGACGUCGUCAGGCUGAGGCCCCGAGGUUCUGUGCGAGGUUCUGGACCACUUUUCUAUCAUUUUCUAUGUGUAAAUAAGAUAUUUAACGUCGCUGACGGGUUGUUGUGUACAAUGCUGCUUUUAUAUAUUUAUACCGUGUGAACACUGCGGUCGAUUACCGCACUACUCUGAAUAAAGCUGA